AUGGAAUUGAAAAUCAAAUUCUUGAACUAUCUUGAUCCUGUCUGGCAUGAGUAUGGUACUCAACUAAACCAACAUUCCGACUUUAAGGAUCUUACCAUUCACACUCUGUAUGAGAAGUUGAAGCUCAAUGUUAGUGAUGUCAAGGCAAAACAAGCCUCCUCUUGUGAACAACUCAUUUCAGAUCCUCUUGCUUUAGUUGCUAACAGAAUGACUCGUCCACUCUUCAAUUCCAAUGCUGCAAAUAUUAUUCUAGAUCUUGAUUCUUGCAAUAUCAAUGCCUCUGAGUUGGAUGACAAGGAACAACAAAUGUACAAUGACUUGGCAUGUUUCACCCGAUCUUUCAAGACAAAGUAUUUCAACAAGAAGCCAACAAAUAAUCAACUUCGUACAUCUUCAGUGUCCUUUUAUGCUCGUAACAAUCAAUCACCAAAGUUUCACACCCCGUCUGAAAAUGCUGGACCUGAAAAGAAAUUUGAUGCUCCAAAGUCAUUUGAAAAGAAGAUUCUGGAAAAGAAGCCUGAAGACAAGAGAUGUUACAAUUGUGGUCAAAUAGGACAUUUUGCUAUCCAUUGUCCCAAACCAAAGAAGAAGAACUCUACUUAUUAUCAGAAUAAACUCUUGCUUGUUAAGCAACAAGAAAGUGGAGUUGCACUUCUUGCAGAGGAUGAUCAGUGGUUGCAUCUGUCAGAUGAAGAAACUGAGGAACUGGCUGCAAACGUUUGCUUCAUGACCAAAAUCAAACAAUCCAAAGAGCUUGACGAAGAAGGUAACAGUUCAGAAUCUGAUAAUGAUGAGGUAUGUCAUAUCCCUAAAUAUGAUCUUGCUCAUUUAGUGAACAAUUGUGAACAAACUGAUUUUGCAAACGUCUCAUUGAAGGAAGAAGUUGCAAAAUUAACCUAUGCUUUACAAGAAAAGGAAAAUUCUUUAACUAAAGUCAAACAAGAUUUUAACACUCUUCAAAAGGAUUUUAAAGAAUUAACAACCAGUAAUGCAUCGGUUUCUUUUACUACUUCUUCUGAAUUACUUCUUUCCAAUCAAGAACUUGAGCUCAAAGUAUUUGAACUAAACCAAAUCAUCAAAGACUUAAAAAUUGCACAAUCAAAUGAAAUGUUUAGAGCAAAUGCUUUGGCCGAGAAUCUUGUAGCUCUUCAGUCCAAGUUCAACGAUUCCAACCCUACAGUGAAAGAAUUACAAAAUCAAAUUUCUGAUUUAAAUCAUGCAUGUUGCAUCAAAGAUUCUCAAAACCAAAAACUCGAACAUAAAAUUGAUGAACUCAUUGAUGAAGUCAAUUUUUAUAAAGUUAAGGUUUACAGAAUUGAUCAAUCCAACAAGCAAAUAUUUUUAAACAAACCAAGAAAUUUUGAAGAUAUCACUAAAGGGUUAGGAUUUGAAGAUCCAAAGAACUUACUCACUGGACAACUCAUUGUACCACCCCUGUAUGAUGAGAACAUGAUGCUGUAUGGUCUGCUCAGUCAAUUUGUCCGACCCGUUUAUAAUGAUUUUGAUACAGAAGAACAAUUACCCAAAUGUGAAGUUAAAAUUAACUAUGAACACAUCAAUGAUUCAUAUGAUUUGUUUAAUCUUCCACUUUGUCCUAAAAACAAAAAACACUCGGUUAUAAUUGUCGAAUUAGAUGAAAACUCAAAUGAAAGCUCAACUAAAAUACCAACUGUUGAGCAGUCAUGUGAGUCCAAAUCUAAAAAGGAAAUAAUUCCUCCAAAACCAGCUCCAGUUCGACCAUACAUUCCACAAAGUGUUUUGGAAAAACAAUUAGAAGAUUUGAAACAAACAUUAAAUGAAAAACAAAAUGUGAUAGAUGCUCUUCUGUCUCAAAAUCACUAUAACAAAGAUGUCCCUGAUAUUGAAUUGCAAACUUCCAGUGUUGUCUAUGACUGUUCCGAUCUUAACUGUCCAGUAUGUGUUGUCUUGAACCCCACACCUUGCCCUUCUGUUGGCAGUACUAGUAAAUGUAUUGAUGCUUCUGUGCAAACUAACUGGGAUCAUGUUAAGGCCUACAAUGUUGCCACCCAAACCGAACAAGACAGCAUGAAUUGCAAUGACGAUGAUGAGGAAGAAAAAGUGUCAGUGGAUCAAUCUGAACAUGUCUUUCCAAAUGUUUUUAAUACUGGACCACUUCAAUUUUCUAAAGAAACUCAAUCUUAUCUAAGUGAAAUUGAUUCUGUUACCAAAAGAUUUGAACUUGAAAGAGUUCAACGUUUAAACCUUUUAACUGAAUUUAAUAAACUUAAGAUAGAAGUGGAGUAUAAAAACAUCGUAAUUCAAGCUUUUGCAAAUAAUGACAAGGAAAAGGCGUCAAAGUUACUACAGUCUGGUCCUUUCUCAAAAUUUUUGAAAGUAACUCGUACUUUGGAUACUUCCACUGAUACUACUUCUUCGUCAGCUCAAUCAACUGAAACAUCCUUUCAAGUUCAAGUCUACUUGAAUGAAAUUGCUGCAUUGACAAAAGCUUUAGAAAAGGAAAAGCAAGACAAAAAGGUUUUUCAAAAUAAAUCAACCAUUUUUGCAACCAAAGAAUGGAGAUAUUGCAAAAUCAUCAAAGAACUAACUGGUUACAAACCUGAGUUACCAAAUGACAAUGCAACAAAGUCAUUCAAUGAGACUUCAAGGUUCUCAAAGACCAAUGUCCUUAGUGUACCCGAUCAAAAGAACCCAAAGUCUGACCUAGAUUUUUCAAACCUCCCGGAUCUUAACAACUUCUUGGAAGAAAAUGACACUUAUGAUCCUGAAUUGGAAAGAAAAUUUGUUAACAAGGAGAAAAAGGACGAUCCCUCAUUAAGAAAAACUCCCAACAAAUACCCCAUACCAGCCACUUAUUUACCAAGGAAGACACCACGAAGAAAAACCACUAGUUCAAACCUGAAGCUCUCCAACAAUACCACAAAGACAAUUAACUCUUCAAACACUCCUGUCAAACCUAACACCUCAUCACCAAAAAGAAAACUUACCAAAAUGAAACUGUCACAACAACCAAAGGAUAGAAAAUGA